GUGCGGCUGUGCGGGAACCCGCACAGCCCGGGCUGGACCGGCAGAACCAUAACAACUAAAGCACUUCUACCCUUUGCUGGUACCAUUGAUAUGAAUUUCAAAAUACCACCACGUGACGUCACUGUGAGUCGCAAAGGGGCGUGGUUACCGUGUAGGCGAACAUCCCGUUUAAAAAAAAAAAAAAAAAAAGGAGAGCGACACAGAGAGAACAGCUCCGUCAAGAACCAGAGUAGCAGUGUGCUGGAGUGGGCAAAGCUGGCUCGCUUCUCCCGCGGAGGUGACGCUCUGCUCGGCGUGAGCGAGCCAACAAGCGCAGCGUUUGGAAGAGACGCGCACACACUGGAGAUGCACCACAUCACGUCCUCCGCCUGUGGACUUUUGUAGACACAAAAGGAGAAGAGGACCAGACAGUUUUUCACUCUUCACUGCUCCCAUUGUCUCCAUCCAGGCUUCAAUGUGGGAUCCAGUUUUGUCACUCUCGCCAGACUGAAAUCCCCCAGGGUCAGGACCUCGCUCAUGGCGGCCCUGCUCCUUGGGCUGCUGCUCUUCGCCAUGGAGUCCCCCACCGUGCCCUCCUCCUCAUCCCUGCCGGACACCGAGUGGCUCCCUGCUGUCCCUUCGCCACCUGACGACAGCGCUGUGGUCCACCCCAACGGGACAGAGCAGCAGCUUCCGCGGAUCAUCAUCAUCGGUGUGAGGAAAGGUGGGACGCGGGCACUCAUCGAAAUGCUGAGCCUGCACAGCUCUGUGGUGGCAGCCCAGAACGAGGUGCACUUCUUUGACUGGGAGAGUCACUUCCAGAAGGGCUUGCCUUGGUACCGCAGCCAGAUGCCCUUCGCCCUCCCUAAUCAGGUUACCGUGGAGAAGACACCUGCCUAUUUCACAUCUGCCAAAGUCCCCAAGCGUGUCCACCAAAUGAACCCAAACGCCAAGUUGCUCCUCAUCCUCAGGGACCCCACGGAGCGUGUGCUCUCAGACUACACGCAAGUCUUCUACAACCGCCUCCAGAAGCACAAACGCUACCAGCCCAUUGAGUCGGUGCUGAUAAAAGACGGCAAGGUCAACUUGGGCUACAAGGCGCUCAACCGCAGUCUGUACUACAUGCAUAUGCAGAACUGGCUGCAGUACUUCCCGCUGGAGAGCAUCCAUGUGGUGGAUGGUGACCAGCUCAUCCGGGACCCCUUGCCGGAGAUGAAGAAGGUGGAGCACUUCUUGAGGCUGGCGCCGCAAAUCAACGCCUCCAACUUCUACUUUAAUCAGACCAAGGGAUUCUACUGUUUGCGAGACCAGGGGCGGGAGCGCUGCUUGCAUGACUCCAAGGGCCGGGCGCACCCCCGCGUAGCUCCCGCCAUCCUGCAGAAACUUUACCAGUUCUUCCAACAGCCCAACAGGAAGUUCUUUAAGCUUGUGGGCCAAACAUUUAACUGGAAGUGAGAGCUUUCUCUUUCAUGGUUAACAGAGUACAUCAAGACGGCACUAAAUCUAUUUUUAUAUAAGUUAGACUACUCACAAAAACUUUCAGGUGAAAUUUCAGGAGGAGCCAAAAAUGCACUUUAACAUCUACAUGUGAACUUCAUCUGACAUUUGCAUGUCUAAUUUUUGCACGCACUUGCUGUGCUCUAACUGAACGAAGAGAUUCACAACAAGUGUUCCAGUUGAUGAAUGAACCACUACAUUUUGAAUUUGGAUUGGUAUUUAAAAAGCUGCAGUUUACACUCUGACGUCAUGAGCCCAAGACAACCCCGAACACCUAAUCGACACCAGGCUCCUUUGGGGAGCUUUAAACGGGAUGUUCUGAAAAAGGAAGUGGCCACAGAGUGUCAUCAGCAGCUUCCAAAAGAGUUACAGAAAGCCAACAAAGUAGAUCUCUUUGGAAAUGUUCUGGUAUCAAACACGUGUCGUGAAUGCCAUUCAACUCCUUGUGAGAAAACAUUGAGUCAUGAAAAAAUUUAAAAAAAAAACACAGAACAGUUCGACAAAGUUCAGAGAAAUUAAAUUCACCUGUAGAAGUUACAAUGCAAUUUAGGUUAAUCCUGAAAUUUUGUCCAAAAGCCAAAUAUUCCUAAUAAUUGUGAUUGUGAAUUAUGAUUUUAAAAAAUAAAAUAAUAAUAUUAGUUAUAUGAUUAUUAUUAUCAUUAAAUAUUGCUAACUUUUUGUGCGUAGAUUAUUAUAUCUGAACCCGAAGGACAUCUACCCGCUGCGAUAUCAUCUUUCAGUACCUUCAUAUUGCAUUUAUCUUGCAACAACAGAUCAAUCUUUUUAUUUGAACUGUGUGUGUUUUAGAAAAUCUAAUCAUUUUUCCAGUGAACUCAGUCCAGAUUUGAUUUUUAUGUCAAGGGCAUAAGUUGUCCAAAAUGCAUCUGGGCACAUUCAUUUGCCGAUUAGAACGGUGUAAAUGUAAGACUUUGUUCUGGUCAGAUUUCACAAAAAAAAAAAAAAAAAAAAAGCACUCUAGUCAUGAGACAUAUUUAAUUUGAUAUGUUUUAAAUAUUUUUGUUUUUAUUAAAAUUCCCAUUUGGAUGAAUGCCAAAUUGAAUAAAAAAUAUGGAAAAAGACGAUAUUUUCUACAGCCUAAAAAGCCCCAGGAAAUUAUUAUAGUUUUACAUCUUUUUACACUCCGACAAAAAGAAUAUAUAAUUUGAACAUGGUAAGGCAUAUAUAAUCGUGUGUGUAUAUACAUAAUCUUGUGAGGAGGAGUGGAGUGGAGUCCAAUCCAAAGAUUUACAUUGUGUAAUAUGUUAUUGCGCAACGAAGGUGUGGACUCCAGUUGUCGCAAUUUCAACGCAACACGUCCACCAUGUUUGCGGAAUGUUCUGCGACCAUUUAUAUGAACAGAGUGAAGAUUUCCGUCCUUUUGUUGCAUUAUAGUCCCGUUUAUACCUCAUCAAGUGCUUAACAUUUCGUGAGUUCUUGCUAAAUGUUGCUGUGAUCAUGUUUCAUGUAAAUAGAGGUUUCUAAGACAAAUAAUGAAUACUACAUUAAAGAGCUAUAUUAUUUUCAGAAUGUCUCAUUUUAUUUAUG